UUGAUUGAUAGAUCAAUGAAGAACGUGUUGUUGAUGAUCACCAUCCACCAAAAGCAGUAAACAAAUGGCCAACACGCCGCCAUUGUUCGUGUGUAUAAAUAUAUUUGAGCUACAGUACUUUGUGAGGUGUCUAUCAAGUAUCUUCAAAGCUAGCUAGCUCUCUUCUCUUCCCUUCCUUAUACUAGAUUGGAAUCUAUGGGCCGCGGAUCUUUCCAUCCUCAUGAACGCUCUAUUAACAGCAUUUCCUGGAUUGAUAUAUUGUCACUUAAAAUGACGGUUUAGCUCAAUUGAGAGUAGCUUGGAACUCAAGUCAGAUUAGAAUAAAGUCAAGUAGAGAAAGAUGUUCUUUCUGGGAAAAAAUUGUAAAAAAGAGUGAGAAACACAGAGUGAAAACGAUUUGAGGCUGCGCUCCUUUCUUCAAGUUUCUUGCUACAGGAGGCUACCUAGCUAACAUGGUGGACCAAAACAACCCUCCACUCUUCAACACUUACAAGUCCUUCUUCAGUCACCAGCCGUCCGAUCAACAUCGGAUGGCCGAAACUGAUGAAUGCGAGCUCCCUUUAAUUGAUCUCAGUUGCUUGAAGAACAGUCAAGCCCAAAUGAUCCAGUGCAAGAGAGAUAUAGUAACAGCUUCAUCAGUGUGGGGGUUCUUUCAAGUGGUGAAUCAUGGGAUACCUGAGGAGCUGCUAGAGAAGAUGAGGUCGAUCAUGGUUAACGUGUUCAGGCGUCCAUUUGAGACGAAGGCGAAGGAGAGGCUGUUUGACUUCUCGCCUCAUAGUUAUCGGUGGGGAACACCGUCAGCCACAUCGUUGAAACAGCUAUCGUGGUCUGAGGCGUACCAUAUUGCACUGUCGCCAAGUCCUCAGCAAGAAAAACAAAGCACCAGGCAAACAAUAGAGGAGUUUGCAACUCUAAUGUCAAAUCUAGCACACCAGCUAUCUUCUGUACUAUCGGAAGGAUUGGGAUAUGAAGGCACUUAUCUCAAGGAUAGUUGCACGUGCAAUACAUGCUAUUUGAGACUGAAUCACUACCCUCCAUGUCCAAUUAUCGAUGAAGUUUUUGGAUUGAUCCCACACACAGAUAGUGAUUUCAUGACCAUAUUGGUCCAGGAUCAAGUAGGCGGUCUACAGUUAAUGAAGGAUGGGAGAUGGAUCGCAGUCAAGCCCAACCCGAAUGCUCUCAUCAUCAACAUCGGAGAUCUGUUCCAGGCGUGGAGCAAUGGCGUGUAUAAGAGUGUGGAACACAGAGUAAUGUCUAAUCCACACCUCGAGAGGUUCUCUGUGGCUUAUUUUCUCUGUCCCUCCUAUGAUACCAUGAUCCAGAGUCAGACAGAGCCAUCGAUGUAUAGAAAAUUUACCUUCAAGGAAUUUAGGCAACAAGUUCAGGCAGAUGUGAAGUUGACAGGUCACAAGAUUGGGCUACCCAGGUUUCUUGCUUGAAGCCAUGAGUCCAUGACUAUAGAGGCUAACAACAAUAAGGAGAUCAAAGGCAGUUUCCCCCCACUUUUCCAUAGAUUUUGUUGUUUUUGUUCCUUUCAGAUAGAUUCGAAAGAAUAAAUGUUUACAUAGGAUAGCAUUUGUUAGAGAACAGGUUUGUCCUGACAAAGUCUGGAAGCUUGUAAAGAUGACUGGUAUUUGACAAUUUUUGAAAGAACUUAUUGAACUGAAGAAACAGAGUAAUUUAUGAGGAUUGUUGACUCUCAAUACACUUAAUAUAAUCAGA